AUGUCGCAUUGUAGUCUCUUCGUCUGCGCAGACAGCUGCAAUCAUAGAUUGCUGCCAGUGGAAUGUAGAAGUGGCCAUGAAUGUGGACUUCAACAGCAGCCUGAAAUGGUGUCGUGCCGCGUCAUCUCCUUGUUUCGGGCUACCUCUGCAGUCAACUCCCUGUUUCAUGUGUUCAUAUCAUGGCUAUGCAUACUUACGUCGAAUGUGUAG